AGAAGAUGAAAUAAGUAUUUAUACUACUAAAACAACUUACCAUGUCGGCAGCUAAAACGAGUAGAUGCGCAAGGAAGUUAGAUCACCCGACUCAAACAUUUCGAGUAAAUCAUUAGUAUAACAAAAACUAAAUAAGGAUAGAGCUGAAGCUAUAAUAUUCUAAAUCCUUAGUCUCUAGAAAUGAUUUCUGGCGGCGAAACAUAAGCACAGCGAAGCGAGCAGCACAAGCACAAGGAAUUUGCACAUUGCCAUUCACCGAGACACCAAAUAUAUGGAAGAUAUAAAACUUAUUCCUGGUAUUCCUGAGGAAGGAAGAUAUUUAUUAAGGCUUCUAAAGGACAUUUCUUUAGAUCCUGCUUUAAUAAUCAAAGAAUUACCAAGAGCUAUCUAUCAUUUUCGCGAUUCUAUUACGGAAGAGAAUCGUCCGGCUUGCCUUGGCAUUUUAGAGACAUUAUUAGGAUGUUUUGAAUUGCCAAUUCCUGAUGAGCCCGUUGUGAAAGCCCUCGAAAAAUUACUAGAGCCGAUGAGCUGGAAUGACUUGAAACAUUUUGGCAUCGAAGCAUAUUUGGCCACGGGUUUACAGAAUCCAUCCGCAGAAGUACAAUUAUUUUGUUUUAAGCUGGUUCGAAGAGCAAAUUGGAAAGACAGGGAUAUUUCGGAGAAUAUUUUUGAAUUGAUUCUCAUAUGCUUGAAUUCCGAGAGUAUCCAAGUUUCCGAAGAAGCAUUUCAACUUCUUUUGGACAUGUCAGAUUAUCAUGCUUAUUUUGAACAAAUUCUACGAGAAUUUACGGACAUGGAUUACCAGAUAUUGGAUACCACCUUAAAAGUUCGCUGGUUAAUGCUAUUUACCAAGCUUGCAAUUAAAUCCCCGGAGUAUAUGGACGAAGUAGUGAAGAAGGGAAUCUUCGCAUUUGACAUUCAAGAAACUAGCGAUAUAUUUUUACGACUCUGUUAUGUUGAUGUUUUAAAUCUAAUGUUGGAAACUCAGUUCUCGUUUACGUACGUUUUAACGAGUGAGUAUGGAUUAUUAGAUCAAAUUAUUAGAUGCUUUGUAAAAGAAACAAGUUCAUUUACAGAUCAUAUUGGUCUCACCUUUCUCCCGUUGUUGUGUCAAAAGCAUCCUGACGCAUUUCGAACAAUUGAUGAAAAGUAUGACUUGUUCAAUAUUACUCGUAAAAGAAUUGACACGAAAGAUACAACUUCCGUGAUUUUAUAUGGCCGUUUCUUAGCCAAUGAGACAAUUACCUCUCUCUUAGUUCAGAAAUACGAAGCCGAAUCAUCUGAACAAUACAUUCCUCAUUCACUGCUAUCUAGAUUUUUGGUAGAUGACACUGGCCUUACCUCUUUGGCUAUGGCCUUAGAGCAACCAAAUACAAGUUUAUGGAGCAAGCUUUGGAGGAGCCUUCCCAGCGGUAGCUUAUCCAGUGUCAUAAAGAAUGCGUCUUCUCCCCUUCGCCGGACUCGCCAACUUGGAUUUCAAUGUUUAUUACACAUCGCACAAAGAUCGCCUAUUCAAUUGGCAUCCCAGACUUUUGCCAUCAAAUACUUGAUAGCAACGGAAGGAGACCACGAAACUUGCAUUCUUCGCUAUAAGGUUUUACAGGCUUUGUGGGAAUCCUCGAAUGAAGGAAAGGACUUGCCAUUAGGAAGGUAUCAAGAAGAAGUCCAAAAGCGCCUACAACAAGGCGCCUUUGGCGGUUCUUCAUCUACUCUGAAGGUUGCUGCAAAAACAGCUUAGAUCUUCAAGACAAAUCAAAAACGUAUUUUAAUGAAGAGGACAAGUUGCAAAUAUAAUUUAGUCGAAUCACAAAGUUGACUUACGAUAAUUGCCCACAUACCCACAAUACAUAAUUGAAAUGGUCGAUGUUAUUUUGCAUUUGCAAUUGUGUAGGUAGAUGAUAGGAAAAAAAAAACAACUUUUCGAGUUUAUAAUCUGCCCUUGCUCGUUACGUUCAAAACAAAAAAGUUGCUAGAUUUAGAUUUAGAUCUUUGACACUAAUAGAAUUUUUUUUGUUGUUGA